AUGGCGUCCCAACAAAGUAUGUCCCCCGAGCAGCUACAACACAUCAUACAGCAGCAUCACCAGGGUCUGCAGCCAUCACUUCAACAGUUACUACAGCAACAAUCGACGGCUAUGCACCACAUUCAACAGCAGAAAGUUCACGAGCAGCUGCUGCACUCUCUCAACGAACAGCUUCAGAUGAAUCUGAUGCACCAAGCUCAGAUUCUGAAGGACCCAACAGGGGCAGGCAGCAAGUGGGCAGGAGCCUCCAUUAACAAUCAAAGUCUGCAGGCACUUCUAAUGCAACACCAACAAAUUAUGCAGCAGAUACAGCUGGUGCAGCGGCAGUUUGUUCUGGCAAGUGCUCUGCAGCCAUUUGGACUACACCAAGGUAAGUCUUCGUGCAGUCAGUAA